AUGGGCAAAGAAAAGGUUCACAUCAACAUCGUCGUCAUCGGACACGUCGACUCCGGCAAAUCCACCACCACCGGACAUCUCAUCUACAAAUGUGGAGGAAUUGACAAGCGUACCAUCGAGAAGUUCGAGAAGGAAGCGCAAGAGAUGGGCAAGGGAUCGUUCAAGUACGCCUGGGUGUUGGACAAACUGAAGGCCGAGCGCGAGCGUGGAAUCACCAUCGACAUCGCCUUGUGGAAGUUCGAGACCGCCAAGUACUACGUCACCAUCAUCGACGCCCCCGGACAUCGUGACUUUAUCAAGAACAUGAUCACAGGAACAUCCCAAGCUGAUUGCGCCGUGUUGGUCGUAGCCUGUGGUACUGGAGAGUUCGAGGCCGGAAUCUCAAAGAACGGACAAACUCGCGAGCACGCUCUUCUCGCCCAAACCCUUGGAGUGAAGCAGCUCAUCGUCGCCUGCAACAAGAUGGACUCUACCGAGCCACCAUUCUCUGAGUCCCGCUUCACUGAGAUCAAGACAGAGGUUUCCAACUUCAUCAAGAAGAUCGGAUACAACCCCGACGCCGUGCCAUUCGUGCCAAUUUCUGGACUCCCACUCCAAGACGUGUACAAGAUCGGCGGUAUUGGAACUGUGCCCGUCGGACGUGUCGAGACUGGACUCAUCAAGCCAGGAAUGGUCGUCACCUUUGCUCCACAGAACGUCACCACUGAGGUGAAAUCCGUUGAGAUGCACCACGAGUCCCUUCCAGAGGCCGUCCCCGGAGACAACGUUGGUUUCAACAUCAAGAACGUCUCAGUCAAGGAUAUUCGACGAGGAUCCGUCUGCUCUGACUCCAAGAACGACCCAGCCAAGGAGGCCCGCUCUUUCACCGCUCAGGUGAUCGUCAUGAACCACCCUGGACAAAUUGCUGCCGGAUACUGUCCAGUGCUUGACUGUCACACAGCCCACAUUGCCUGCAAGUUUGCAGAGCUCAAGGAGAAAGUCGAUCGCCGUACGGGCAAGAAGGUUGAGGACAACCCAAAGGCCCUGAAGAACGGAGAUGCCGGAAUUGUCGAGCUCAUCCCAACCAAGCCCCUCUGCGUUGAAGCUUUCACGGACUACCCACCACUUGGACGAUUCGCCGUCCGGUACCUUAUGGCCUUGAGACCAGUGGUUGUGAGACGCUUCUGUUUCACAGCAAAACAUGCCGUAAAAAGAAAUCCGUUGGUUUCGUUCCUGGUCGUCGCAGGCAUCUUCGUCUUGUUUUGCUAUUUAUCAUCGGGAUCAGAUGAGAAACAGUCUCAUGACGUGGAACUUCCGCACGGUCUAAAUGCGAAUCAACUUGUCGAAGCACCAACUCCACUUCCCGGCGCUCCCGAUCCAAACACGCGAUUCGACAACAGCAAACCGGGCAACUACGAGCCAAAAGAACCAGAAAAGGUCACAAAUGAUCGAGGUGAACGUGGAGAAGCAGCCUUUCCCAAAGAUGAGGAAGAAAAGCAACAAUCACAGCAUGCUAUGCGCGAGUUCGGUUUCAACACGGUGAUCUCGGAUGCGAUUCGGAUGGAGAGAACAAUCCCAGACAUUCGCCCUGCCGAAUGCAAGUACUGGAACUACCCUGAAGACUUGCCGACAGUUUCCGUGGUCAUCGUCUUUCACAAUGAAGGUUGGUCACCUCUCCUUCGAACGGUUCACUCGGUUGUGCUUCGCUCACCCCGACAUCUGCUCAAACAAGUUGUGAUGGUGGAUGAUUUCUCGGAUAAAGAACAUCUGGGCAAGAAAUUGGAGGACUAUCUCGAGCGGGGAUUCAAGAACAAAGUUGAAGUGACGCUCGUGCGAAACAAGGAGCGUGAAGGAUUAAUUAGAGCAAGAACGAUUGGUGCUCAACAUGCAACUGCUGAUGUGGUUCUCUUUUUGGAUGCGCAUUGUGAAGUGAACGUCAACUGGUUGCCUCCUUUGCUCGCUCCAAUCAAAUACAACAAACGCGUGAUGACUGUGCCGGUGAUUGAUGGAAUCGACAUGAACACGUGGGAGUAUCGCAGCGUGUACGGAAGUCCGGAUCGCCAUUUCAGAGGAAUCUUUGAGUGGGGUUUGUUGUACAAAGAGACGGAGAUCCCUGCACAAGAACGAGCCGAUCGAACACACGACAGUCAGCCUUUCAGAUCACCAACACAUGCCGGAGGCCUUUUCGCAAUCAAUCGCGAGUGGUUCAAAGAACUUGGGUACUACGAUCCCGGCCUACAAAUUUGGGGAGGAGAACAGUACGAGUUGUCAUUCAAGAUUUGGCAAUGCGGCGGCGGAAUUCUCUUCGUCCCGUGCUCCCAUGUUGGCCACGUUUAUCGCAACCACAUGCCAUAUGGAUUUGGUAAAUUGAGUGGAAAACCGGUGAUCUCAACGAAUAUGCUUCGUGUCAUUCGCACGUGGAUGGACGAGUAUGGGGAUUUGUACUUCAUUCGUGAACCGUCAGCUCAACACCGAACCCCUGGGGACAUCAGCGAACAAUUAGAGUUGCGGAAGAGCUUGCAGUGCAAAUCGUUUGAUUGGUUCAUGAAGAACGUAGCCUAUGACGUGCCAGCUUCCUACCCCAUUCUGCCGAAGAACAAAGUCUGGGGCGAGGCCAAGAAUCUAGCGACAGGCAAGUGUCUCGACACGAUGGGCCGAGCGAUUCCUGGAACAGUUGGCGCCACACCAUGUCACGGUUACGGAGGAAACCAGUUGAUCCGCCUUAACGAACAAGGACAAAUGUGUCAAGGUGAAUGGUGCAUCACGCCACAAGGAUCGUCGAUUAAAACAGGACACUGCCAAAAGGGAACGGCAAAUGGGCCGUUCGAUUAUGACAAGGAGACUCAAAUGAUUACGUACAAGAGGGGAAGCACGUGUCUGACGGCCGACUCAAGUCAAGGAUCGUCGGAGUUGCUCCUGAAGAGGUGUGAUAAGGAUAACGCUAAUCAGAAGUGGGUUUGGCGCGAGAUUUUUACCGAU